UUCCGGCAACAAUAGGAAACGUCAAAACGCGGACAGUGGGCAGCCCUAGCUGCUGCAGCUUGAGGCGCGCCCAGUUUGGAGGAAUCCAGUGCUGUUUCUGGGGUUCUGGCCGCCGCCACCUCCGCCGGCGUGGACAAGUAACGUUUGAACCGGCUUCUCCAUGGCCUGGGCACCAGUUCCCGGCUGAGCCAUUUUCUUUCUGGCUAAGAGCCCCCACCAAGAGGCCGAUUCGUCGCGGCGGCGGUGGGGAUCGCAGGUUGCUCAGGCUUGCAGAUGGGUCAGGGGCUGUGGAGAGUGGCCAGAAACCAGCAGCUACAGCAGGAAGGCUACAGCGAACAAGGCUACCUCAGCAGAGACCAGACCAGGAGGAUGGCUGCCAGCAGCCUUUCUAACGCCAGUCAUCGUAAACAAGUCCAAGGAGGCAUUGAUAUAUAUCAUCUCUUGAAGGCAAGGAAAUCCAAGGAACAGGAAGGAUUCAUUAAUUUGGAAAUGUUGCCUCCUGAGCUAAGCUUUACCAUCUUGUCCUACCUGAAUGCAACUGACCUCUGCUUAGCUUCAUGUGUUUGGCAGGACCUCGCUAAUGAUGAACUUCUGUGGCAAGGGUUGUGUAAAUCCACUUGGGGUCACUGUUCCAUAUACAAUAAGAACCCACCUAUAGGAUUUUCUUUUAGAAAAUUAUAUAUGCAGCUGGAUGAAGGCAGCCUCACCUUUAAUGCCAAUCCAGUUGAGGGAGUGAACUACUUUAUGUCCAAGGGUAUCCUAGAUGAUUCACCAAAGGAAAUAGCAAAGUUUAUCUUCUGUACAAGAACACUAAAUUGGAAAAAACUGAGAAUCUAUCUUGAUGAAAGGAGAGAUGUCUUGGAUGACCUUGUAACACUGCAUAAUUUUAGAAAUCAAUUCUUGCCCAAUGCACUGAGAGAAUUUUUUCGUCACAUCCAUGCCCCUGAAGAGCGUGGGGAAUAUCUUGAAACUCUUAUAACAAAGUUCUCACAUAGGUUCUGUGCUUGUAACCCUGAUUUAAUGAGAGAACUUGGCCUUAGUCCUGAUGCUGUCUAUGUACUGUGCUACUCUUUGAUUCUCCUUUCCAUUGACCUCACUAGCCCUCACGUGAAGAAUAAAAUGUCAAAACGAGAAUUCAUUCGAAAUACUCGUCGUGCUGCUCAGAAUAUUAGUGAAGAUUUCGUAGGGCACCUUUAUGACAACAUCUACCUUAUUGGCCAUGUGGCUGCAUAAAAGCACAGUUGCUAGGACUUUAACUUUUAACUUCAAACUGAAGCUACCCAAGGACUUAUUUAGCACAUAUGGGGGUUACAUUAGUGCCCGUCAUUCUAGCCUCUGUAUACAAUCAAGCUUGAGUGUACAAUCUUGUUUUCUUUUACUAUUUUCUUUUUUAGUAUUUUCUUGAGGAACUAAAGAAUUUUGCAGAAUUUUUCUUAAUUUUGGUUAUCAUGUUUUGCACAAAGCAGAGCCAUUGUCUGACACAGCUGUUUAAGAAUGUUAAACUGACAUUAUACCCUAAAAAAUGGUAUAUUUGUGUAUUAGAUUUGCUUGAAAAACUUUAUUCACUUCCAUUCUUUUUUAAAAUACAAUGUAAUGUGUACAUAUUUAACUAGAGAUUUAUAAUCAUAAUUAUUUUAUUGUAAAGAUUUUAACUAAAACCUUUCCUUUUUUCUCUCAAACUGAGUUCUGAAAUUUAUUUGGUUCUGAUCUGAGAUUAUUAGUCUUUAUAAGAAUUGAAUCUUACUUUGACAGAAAUCAAUACCAGCUUCUCUUUCCUUUGAACUUUGAAAAGAGUAUUGAUUUGUUAGAAUGCAAAAAAUAGGCACUUAUUUUUAUAAUAUAAAUAUAUCAUUUGACUUUUAAUUUGUAAAACUUCUAGGUUAGUCAAGUCACAAUACCCUUUAAACCAUUUAGGAUAGCAAAAAAUGUUAAAAUAUAUGUAAGAACACAGUAUUAUUAGAACUAAUAUUUGAAGUAAUUAGUCAAAUUUUACUGUUGUCCUAAUGUUUAUGAUUUCUGUUCAGCAUCAGUUGAGAAAGGGAUAUUGUGAAUUACAGUAAACAUUCUUCAUUCAUUCAUUCAGUAGGUAUUUAGCCAGGGUCUUCCACAUUCUAAGCACUGUGGUAGAUACUCGUGAAACCUAGACAUGGGCUCUGCCUUCACAGAUGUUAGUGGUUGGUUAAUGAGAAGAAAAAUACUGCUUAAUGGAGAUCAAAUGUAUAAAGUAUGUCUUCAUUAACAAUUACUUAAUAACUAAAACACUUAACAUUGGCACGAUAAAGGACAGUAUAUUUAUAUCGUAAGUCAGAAGUUCCCGGGAAAUAGCUCUAAGUGAAAAGCAUCGGCUUUGGAAUGAUACACUGUGUGGUGGAUAGAGCUGCUAGCUUACCGGGAGAGGAUUGGAAGAGCAGAAAUUCAUAACUACAGGUGUGGAAUCCGAGGUUUCUUCCAGAUCUGGCCCUAAGUAAACAUUACAACUGAAUGAUGUAAUGCAGAAUUUUUGAGGACAAACCACAAGAUAAUCAAACAACUUUUGAAAAUCAAAGGGGCUUUUAGACUGGUAGUAAACACUUUCUGAGAUUCUGAAGCAAAUACUUUAAUAAUUUUCACAGGUACAUAAUUUUGAAUUCUGUGACAAAAUAAGUCUAAUCUUUAACUUCAAAACUGAUAAUUAACUUUAAAACUAUCAUAUGAAAUUUCCAAACAACAAAGAGUAGUGAUUACAUUUAUUAUCAUUUCUGUUUUCCAGUGAAUGGCACCUUGUACUCUCUAUUUCCUGCUGUCUUGUCUUUGUUUUUUCUUUUCUGUCUCUCCCUUACCAUUUGGUUUUCUCAGCCUGUUUUAGCUUGACUAUCUUUUUUCUUUUUGUAUCUCUCUUUUUUCAGUUUCUUUUCCUUUUUCCUGUUUUAUUUUUCCAUCCUGACCUGAUAUUGGCAAUACUCUUUUCAACAUUUUCUUCUAAAAAAUUUCAAACAUAAAAGUUAAGUAAUUUACAGAGAAUGCCUAUGUACUCCUACCUAGAUUCUUAACUUCAGAUUUUACCGCAUUCACUUUACCAUGUAUUUAUCCAUCUUUCUAUCUAUCAAGCAAUCUGUCUUCUUGUUUUGAUACAGAUCACAAUAAGUUUCAGACACACUUCAUUCCUAAAGACUUCAGCUUGCAUAGCAUUAGCUAGGCAUCAAUUUUUUAGCUUUUAUUUUUUUACUUUUAGGUAAAAUUUACAUUUAAUAAAAUACAUAAAUCUUAAUUUAAUGAGUCUUCACAAAUGCAUACACCUGUGUAAACCAAACCCAUAUCAAGAGGUGCAACUCUACAAAGCCUAUUUAUAGUUCAUAUUGUACCACUACACAUAAAAUGUAAAAUCUUUGUAACCACAUAGGCAUGUUUACCUCAUUACCCUAUCUGUUAUCUUAUAGUUGUCAUGUCUUACAAAUAGCAUAUGUUAUAAACUCCACAAUAAAAUGGUAUAGUUUGCUUUU